AUGAACCCUCCCUCCACCAAGAUCUGCUGGGCUGCCGUGAUGCUGCUCCUGCUGCUGCUGCUGCCGCCCGCGCUACUCUCGCCCGGGGCGGCUGCACAGCCCCUGCCUGACUGCUGCCGCCAGAAGACGUGCUCCUGCCGCCUCUACGAGCUGCUGCACGGCGCGGGCAAUCACGCGGCCGGCAUCCUCACGCUGGGCAAGCGACGGCCCGGGCCCCCUGGCCUCCAGGGCCGGCUGCAGCGCCUCCUGCAGGCCAGCGGCAACCACGCGGCGGGCAUCCUGACCAUGGGUCGUCGCGCAGGCGCAGAGCCCACUCCGCGCCCCUGCCCCGGGCGCCGCUGUCCCGUCGCGGCCGCGGCCGCCACCGCCGCUGCGCCUGGGGGACGGUCGGGUGUCUGA